ACACAAAAACUGCGCUGGAUCCCACGUCCGAACUGUCGACCUUCUAAGUCAGAAUCUGGCGCCACCAACGCCCUAUUUGUAACCAACCUUCCCCCCAAUUUCCGUCUCUCUCCGCUCUCUCCCCUUCCAAAUCCAUGGACUCCAAACCUCCUCCCCAAAACCCUAGCUCUACUUCUGCGCCACCACCCCAAUCCAACGGCCGAGAUUUCCUGGCCCAUCUCGAGUCCUACCUCGCAAAGCGCGAUGGCGUGGACAAGCUCCUCAAGAUCUCCCGCUACGCCUCCAAAAUCAUUCUCUCCUCUUCUCUCCUCCCUCAAUCCCACCCGCUCUACCCUCGCCUCAAAUCCUUCGAAUCCAGCGUCGGCCUCAGCCGGAAGGCCUUCCGCCUCGGCAAAUUCGUCCAGGACGUAAACGCCCUCCGCUCCGCGCAUCUGGAUUCCCGCCACCGAGCGAUCCUCGCCGUCCUAACCUACGGUGGCGAGGGUUUCUACUACUUCGUCGAGCAGUUCGUCUGGCUCUCGAAAUCCGGCCUCAUUGACAGCAGGCACUCGCCGGGGCUGCAGAAGGUCAGUGCGUGGGCUGAGCUGAUCGGUUACGUUGGGAGCAUCAGCUUGAAGGUUAUUGAUCUGAGAGGGAUUCUCGAGGAGGAGGACUGGCUGCGGUCGAGGAUUGAGGAGCUGCAGGUGGCGGGCGGUGGGGCUGAGAAGGAGGCGGAGAAGCUGCGGCGGUUGAGGGAGAAAGGGUUGCUUAAGAAGCUGUCGAUUGUGCAGGAUAUCGCCGAUGGGUUGAUGGCAGCUGCAGACGUGAGGGAUGGGAAGGGUGCGUUAUCGGGUCCACUGCUGUUGGCAUCAGCAGGCCUUCUUUCGGCGGUCAUCAGCACGCAUAAGAAUUGGAUUUCUUGCUGAAAUGAAUCGGUACAUGUUCGAUGUAGUUUAGAAAUCUAUUGUGUUUUUUAAAUAAUUUUUAAUUUGAUUUAUAGCGGAAAAAGUGUAGAUGAAGAUAAAGAAAUCUUUUUACUGCAUUUGGGAGGGCGAUGCGAAUUCGUUAUAUAUGUUGGAUUCGCAUUUCUUGAUUUUUUUAAUCUGUCUUUAUGAAUAAAGCCUCUCUUUCUUAUUUGCAAA